AUGCGUUCAUUCGUUACCUGCACCGUCCUGGCCACCGUCGCCUCCAUGGCCGUCGCCCAGGUCCACCCUCGCUUCGAGUACCCCGAGUCCGUUCCCGCCGUUGAGAAGCGCCAGGAGCCCGGUACUCCCCGCUACCAGUGCCACGAGGACUGCGGUCUCCUCAUCACCCUCGGCCGCGAGGACGGCUUCUGCACCAACUCGGAGUGGAACGAGCGCUACGGCCGCUGCAUGACCUGCGCAAACACCUACUCCAUCUGGAUGUACUACUCCUCCGGCGUCACCUCCGCCGCCGCAAAAUGCGGCCUCUCCCCGACCCCCAGCCCCUCCGGAGGCGCCGUCGAGACCACCGCCGCAGCCACCACCGCCGCCCCGGCACCCGCCACCACCACCGCGGCUCCCGCUCCCGUCCCUACCACCGAGUCCUCCGCCGCCGCGCCCCCGGCUGCGUCCACCUCUGCCGCCGCUGAGUCCUCGGCCCCUGCUGCCUCUACUUCCGCCGCCGGCGCUCCCGCCACCACCCUCUCCACCGCUGCCUCUGCCUCUGGCUCCGCUUCGGCUUCCGCUUCCGGUGCUGCAACUACCUCUGGCGCCGCUGCCGGUACCUCCGCGGCUACCGUCACCCGCGUCACUUCCAUCGGAACCUCUGUCGUUAUUCCUUCCGGAACUGCCACCCCCAGCACCCCCGUCUUCGCUGGUGCCGGCAAGAACGCUGCUGCCAUGGGGCUCGCCGCCGUUGGCCUGGCUCUCGCUGCCUUCUAA